UAUAAAUGAAAGUCGAUUAAAUAAUAUAAGUUACAGGAAACAUCUGGGCAACUUUAGUGAAAGUGUUACUCUCGCAAGUUAAUGUGCGAUGUCCGUUUAGAAUUUGGCAUUUAAGUAGCUCAUUAAUCAAAACAUUGGUUUUGAAUUUCACUCAAGCUAACUGUUAGGUACCUCGUGUUGUUAGUGACCUCUAGCAAUGGCCUUUAAACUGCCAUCAAUACGCGUUUUACCGCGCAAGCUUAAUUGCAAUCUACCGACUUUUGAUUAUAAAGAACUUAGAAGCAUGGAAUUUAUCGGACAAGGUGGUUUUGGUUUUGUUUACAAAGCCCAUUACAGGAAAGAAACGGUCGUCGUGAAAAAGAAUGCCGGUGAGUCAAGAGAAGACGAAGAUGUGUUUUUAAAGGAGGCGAAACUCAUACACUCCUUUCGUCAUGAAAAUAUUGUUGGUUUCAAAGGAUUUUGCCAUUCACCAUGUGCCAUGCUGUUAGAGUACGUGUAUUUUGAUUUCUCCCCGUUUGGAGACUCAAAAGUUAUUAGCAACUUGGGUGACUUCUUAAAUCACAUGGACCGUAUUGAUGGCUUCGAAAAUUUUGAUGAUAAACUUCAUGGUAAGAUUUGUAGCGAUAUCGCUAAUGGACUUUCAUACUUGCACGAGAGAGAUACGGCCCAUAGAGAUUUGAAACCGAAGAACAUCUUGGUUUGCAACAGUCACUACUGCCACAUUAAUGAAGAUGAGCAGCGAUGCGUGAUUUUUGAAAAAUCUCCUAUAAUUUGUAAACUUGCUGACUUUGGCGAAAGCAAAUCUAGCCAAAUACAAACUGCGAUCAUUAAUUCAACAACAAGGCGCGUAGACAGAGGGACUCCUUUGUUCAUGGCGCCGGAGAUUUUAGUUAAGGCUUCAAGAUUGCAGUCUGCUUCAUUCAAAGACCUGAAGCAAAUCGAUAUGUGGGCAUUUGGCAUGAUUUUGUUCUGCAUAGCGAAUCCUGAUUUGAAGUAUCCGUACCAGUUGGAUAUUAAUCAUGGCACAAGCUUCAUCGACCAACUGCAGGAAUUGUUAAUAAAGAAAAAACAUCCUACAGGAUCUCCCAAGUACAGAGAAAUGCGAAGUACAAAAUGGCUACUUAUUCAAAAAGUAUUUGAAGCUUCUACCAGCUUUGAUCCUUCUCAAAGACCAUCGGCGGAGCAUGUGAAACAGCAAUUCAGUGCUGUUCAACAGAUUAAUGACCAAGACCAAACAAUCAGUAACAGAAACACAGACGAGAACACAAGCAAGAGUACUGAGCAACGUAAUGAGAAGGAAGUUACAGGUCUAAGUGAUAAAUCAGAAUCUCCAAUGUUAUUCAGAAGCGCUAGACAAGUGAUAGAUUUGACAAAUCCGUCGAGUCCUUCUGAAGAUGUCAGGAAAACCUCAAUGGCUGAAUCCAAACUGAUUGAUGUCGGGGGCUUAAAAAGUAGAGACGAAGAUGCAGCGCUAACAUAUAGUGAAAUGGAUUUUAACAGCAGCAAUGAGUCUACAGAUUCAAUUUUCGAGAAUGUCUUAAGAAGAAGAACGAGAGUGGAUAGCACCGAUGAAAGUAGCGAUGCAGAUACAUCCGACAGCAUCGACUAUUACAAAGGAAAUCUUCUUCUUCCUGUUGUGUAG